AUGGCGUACAACAUCCCUGACCAGAACACUCCCAAGCCACCAGGCCAAGUUCGAUCCUACCCAGGACCUACAUCUGAAGGCAAAGUCGAGUUUACAGUGCCUUCGACGGGAGAGAAGGGGACAACUAUCUACAGGAUCUGGGGCAAAUUGUCACCAGACACCACGCCUCUGAUUUGCUUGCAUGGCGGGCCUGGAAUGUUGCAUCAUUAUAUCAAACCUAUCAGCUUGAUUCACCUAGACUAUGGCAUCCCAGUCAUCAUGUACGACCAACUCGGCUGUGGCGACAACACCCACAUGCCUCAUCACAAAGGCGACACUUCCUUCUUCACGUUUGCACUCCACAUCGCCGAGCUAGAGAACCUGAAGCAGCACCUCCAGAUCAAGAACUUCUACCUCCUGGGCCAAAGCUGCGGCGGCAUGGAAGCCAUCGAGUACGCCGUCGACCACCAGCCUCCCGGCCUGCAGAAACUCAUCGUCUCUAACUCCCCGGCCGCAAUGCCUACCUGGUCCAAAGUCUGCAACGGCCUGCGCGCCGCUCUCCCACAAGACGUCCAAGACGCCCUCGACAAGCACGAGAAGGAGGGCACCACCGACUCAAAAGAAUACGAAGAGGCAACCAUGGCCUUCUACCGCCGCCACCUCUGCCGCGUGGACCCCUUCCCACCAGAAGCCGAAGCCAGUCUCGCAGGCGUCGCGGAAGAUAACACCGUCUACGCGACCAUGAACGGACCGAGCGAGUUCACCGUCGUGGGGACGGUCAAGGACUGGGAUUAUACCGACAAGCUGAAGACCAUCACGAACGAGACUGUGCCGGGUGGUGUGCUAUUGAUCAAUGGCCAUUUCGACGAGGCGCAGGAUGAGGUUGUGUGGCCGUUUUUCAAUCAUAUUGCAGCGAGGACGAAGUGGAUCACGUUCCCGUUGAGUUCGCAUACGCCUUUCUUGGAGGAGACGGAGGCAUAUAUUAAGGCUUUGGGUGAGUUCUUGCUGGCGAAGUAG